AAGAGAGGACAGCCCGCGCGCGGCCGCCCCUCCGGCUCCGACACAAACACACGCACGUGCGCCCCGCCCCCGCCGCGCGCACGCGCCCCGAGGCUCUGGCGGCGGCGACGGGCGCGCGCGCGGUGCUCGCUGCCCCCACGCCGCUCUCUCCGCUCGGAUCGCGGCGCCUCCCGCUCCCCGCACCGCUCCAAGCCGGACCCGCGGAAUCGGAGGCGGCGGCCGUGGUCGGUGGGCUCUUGCAGGUGCAGCGGUCGAGGCAGCGGCGCGCGGGGAGCAGAGCGGAACCCGGCAAGUCCUCGGGAGGCGAUGUGGCCGGGCGCGGGCCCCUGCGUAAGGCGGACGCCGCGACAGGCCGGCCGGUGAGGCGCCGCUUGGGGGAGGCCGCGACGGAGCUCCCGGACCCGCCAUGGGCUGAGACACGUCCUUGCCGAGCAGAACAUGCCCGGGUGACUCUCUCCCAGAUCUUCCUAGUGGCCUUCCUCGCCCUUCCCAGUGACACUAUGCAACCCCAGCGAGACCCUCGAGGCCUCUGGCUCCUGCUGCUGUCCUUGUUCCUGCUCCUCUUUGAGGUGGCCAGAGCCGGCCGGCCGGUGGUUAGCUGCCCUGCCGCCUGCCUGUGCGCCAGCAACAUCCUCAGUUGCUCCAAGCAGCAGCUGCCCAACGUGCCCCACUCGUUGCCCAGCUACACCGCACUGUUAGACCUCAGCCACAACAACCUGAGCCGCCUGCGGGCCGAGUGGACCCCCACGCGCCUGAUCCACCUGCAGUCCCUGCUGCUGAGCCACAACCACCUGAACUUCAUCUCCUCCGAGGCCUUUUCCCCAGUCCCCAACCUGCGCUACCUGGACCUGUCCUCCAACCAGCUGCGUACACUGGACGAGUUCCUGUUCAGUGAGUUGCAGGCGCUAGAGGUGCUUCUGCUCUACAACAACCACAUCGUGGCGGUGGACCGCUGCGCCUUCGAUGACAUGGCCCAGCUGCAGAAGCUCUACCUGAGCCAGAACCAGAUCUCCCGCUUCCCCCUGGAACUGGUCAAGGAAGGAGCCAAGCUACCCAAGCUCACCCUCCUGGAUCUCUCGUCCAACAAGCUGAAGAACUUACCGCUGCCCGACCUGCAGAAGCUGCCCGCGUGGAUCAAGAACGGGCUGUACCUACAUAACAACCCCCUGCACUGCGACUGUGAGCUCUACCAGCUCUUCUCCCACUGGCAGUACCGGCAGCUGAGCUCCGUGGUGGACUUCCAGGAGGACCUGUACUGCAUGAGCUCCAAGAAGCUGCACAACGUCUUCAACCUGAGCUUCCUCAAUUGCAGCGAGUACAAGGAGCGCGCCUGGGAGGCCCACCUGGGAGACACCUUGACCAUCAAGUGCGACACCAAGCAGCAGGGGAUGACCAAGGUGUGGGUGACGCCUAGCAACGAACGAGUGCUCGAUGAGGUGGCCAACGGCACAGUGACGGUGUCCGAGGACGGCAGUCUGCAUUUCCAGCAGGUGCGGGUUGAGGAUGCGGGUGUGUAUACCUGCUACGCCAUGGGGGAGGCUUUCAACGAGACCCUGUCUGUGGAGUUGAAAGUGUACAAUUUCACCUUGCACGGCCACCAUGACACCCUCAACACAGCCUAUACGACCCUCGUGGGCUGCAUCCUCAGUGUGGUCCUGGUCCUCAUAUACCUGUACCUUACCCCUUGCCGAUGCUGGUGCCGGGGUGUCGAGAAACCGUCCAGCCAUCAAGGAGACAGCCUCAGCUCAUCCAUGCUUAGCACCACACCCAACCACGAUCCUAUGGCUGGCGGGGACAAGGAUGAUGGUUUUGACCGCCGGGUGGCCUUCCUGGAGCCUGCUGGUCCUGGGCAGGGCCAAAACGGCAAGCUCAAGCCUGGCAACACCCUGCCAGUGCCCGAGGCAACCGGCAAGGGCCAGCGGAGGAUGUCGGAUCCAGAGUCAGUCAGCUCGGUCUUCUCUGAUACACCCAUUGUGGUGUGAGCAGGAUGGGUUGGUGGGGAGAUUCUGCCCCAGGAGAGGUAACGCACCCCUGAAGGAUAUGAGGGGAUGGAAGAGCGGGCUGGCUGCCCAAGGGAGUGGGUUCCCCCCCCACCUCCAGGGAACUGGUCACAGGUACAACAGCUGGCAAGUCCUCAACCAGGGUGUGGCUGCCACGAUUUCCAAAUAGGGAUAUAUUAAUCCUCAGGCAAGUGCUACACCCUUACCCCCCAAGCCCUGGGAAUUCUCCGUGCGGUGGAGGAAAAGGAGCAUGUCUGAGUUGGGUGGGAAUGAGGAAGGGGUGGGGGGAAGAGCAGAUUCCCUAAACUUUUUCGAGGUCAUCCUUAGCUCCUUAAGAGAAAAUCAUCUGGGGGAAAAAAUUUUUUUUCUAUCUCUGCCCACCCACACCUGUGAUGUUGUGUGUGUUGGGGGGCGGAUCUUCCACAGGAGCCACACUGGGAAGAGCUGGGGUGUCUUCUUUGGCCAGGAAGUCAUACUUCACAGCUGGGGAAAUUGGAAACCUUUGGAAAAAUGAGUCAGGAAAAGGCUGAGACCUCAAUCAGUAACGCUCCCCAAAGCUGUUGUGAUUUCCCACUAAUGCCUCUCUUUCCCGAUGAGUCCUGGACGGAUGUAUCUUUGUGGGAGCCUGGCCUAUUGCCUAUGAGGUACAGCAACAACGUGAGACGUGUUCUCUGUGCCAGGCCCUGGAACCAGGGGCACAGAGGGAUACAGCUUGACCUGAGGGGUCUGUAUCAUGGCAUGGGUGCUGGCACAAAACUCGUAGAUGGGGCAUAAACUCCAGGUUUGCUAAUUCUCUGGUUGGUGAAACCCUUGGUUAGCACUUGGUUCCCAGCACCUGUGUGUUAGACCAGGGUGGGGGCUGCUAAAGGCAGAGAUUUUAUGCAUGCCUGCCACAGACCUGGGAAGGGGGGCCACUUCAACCCUAGGAGGAGGAGGAGAGUAAACCAGCCUCUGUUACGUAGCAUUCAGCUGGGCCUACCUGGUUUCCUGAUGCCAUCUUUUCUCUCAGUCUCCUUAGCAAGCUCAGGUGGGAUUGAGUUUUCCCUAAUAUGCUGCUCUGCCAGUGGAGAAAGCCUGGAGAGUCUGGCUCGCAGCUGCGUGAGACUGGUCCUGGGGAUGGAGGGGACUAGUUAUGGAUCUCUAUGUCGAGAAAGCAGGCUUGGUCCUCUCUUAGAUCUCAUCCUGCUGCAAAGCCAAAGCAUGGGAUUUCAUCACCCGGGGGGCAGUGGAAUUGGAUGGUCUCUGCCCCAGAAUGGCAAGCUGGAGUGCUGCUUAGAGUUCUGCCCCGCUCCACAAGGUUCCAGGCAGUCUUGUUUACAGAGACACUGGCAUUAAACUUUCCACGGGAAAGUUCUGCCACCGCCAUCCCUCUCAGCCAAAGGUCUGUGCAGUUGCUGGUGGUCAGGCCGGGGCAUCUUAAGAGCAGACCCAACAUUCCCUUCCAUUCAGGGUUGCAGAACACUUUGGGUAUGGAGAUGACUGCGCCCUUUGACUAUCCCGCAGGCCCAGGGAGACUGGUGCUCUGAGCUUUGGCAAAAGGAUAAGCAGGGCAAAGGUGAAAAUGUUCUCUGACGUUGGUCUUUUUCAGUGUCUCCCCUUCUCCCAACCAAGUUCCCUGUUCAUUGGAAGUUCUCCAGAUCUUCUGGUUUUCGGACCUGCUCUCUAGGUUCCAAGGGGUAUGUCCUCUACCUGUGGGUGAGGGCUGCUUGCUAGGAGGGCCUGACUCCCGCUGCCUAUUAAGAUUGGGAAAGGGGACUGGAACUCAACAUCUUCCUUGUCUGUUCCUGGGAUGUCAAGACUGCUGUCCAUCCUUUCUCAGUAACCUAGUUUGUCAAGAGAGAUGCAGCAUUUCCCUCAAGUACUUGCAUGCUCCUGGGUAUGCAUGCUUCCAAGUGCGCGAGCACACUAGCGCCUUGACUUCCCUCAGGACAGUGACUCUGCAGUCCCCGCUAAAGACCCCGGUCACAGUGGGUUCCACCUAUGUGCCCAGCCUCAUGCAUACAGCUAUCUUGCUCUGUAGGAGAGACAGUGACCACGCCAGGCUCCCCAGAUACAAACUCUUGUACUUUUAAUCUCCGAACUCCCUGAAGCUUUCCCCGCACAUCCGUGGCACUAACUUCUCUAUGAAGGCUGGAGUUAGGAGAACAGCAGGCUGGCGACCUGGGGAGGAGGGAUGCUGAGGAGCUGGCCGGUUCUUCAGACCCCUCAGAAACCUUCUCAGAUUAAAGACAAUAUACAUGAGAAAUAAAUGCAGAACUAGGUCAAUGAUGACCCCAGAAGGAGACGGAUAGGGGAAUAAGCAGCUGUAAGUUGUUCUUCCUUCGUUAACUGCCCUGGAAAGACAGGGGCAUGAAGGAAAAGUCAUCUUGUUACAUUCCACAGACUUCUGAGGCUUUUGGUCCUGGCCACCCUCCUCAGACUUAUUAGGGCACUGGGGGAAAUCUCAUCUCCAUGCUGCAGUUUCCCACUGGGCACCACUUAGGGCUCUAAAAAUCUUUAAAAUAGAUGUCGAGUGAAGUUGGCCUUCUGGAGCAUUUUGAGCAUUUGACUAGGAGGGCCAAUUUCUUCAGAAGUCCUACCCAGCUUAGGGAAUAAGAAGAGACCCUGAGGCCCUGCGUCUCCCUACUGUAUCCACUAGGUCGGCCCCUCGUUUGAACUACUGGUAGAUGUGUCUGGCUGCCCCACCAGGACAUUGAACUGAUUAGCCUCUUCCCGUGGUUUCAGUUGUUAGAACCCAAAGGUAGCUUUCUACUUGGGGGAUUAGGUACUCAGCAUAUAUAAGCUCACUAGAACCUUGUGUAGGAAACUGCCAGGUCUGAUCAUAAGAACAAGCUGAGAAAUCUCUCCCUCCCUUCCCCCCACCCUGAACUCAUAAACCAGACAUAUCUCCCAGGAAGCAGGUGUCCCUGGAGACAGAAUAUGGCAGGGCUCUACAAUCUGUCUAUGUGAUUAUUUGUGAUCUUUUUUUCUUUUGCCUGUAUUUAUGGGGCUCCUAGGAAGGGGCCAGGAGAGGGUACAGCCCAGCUGGGGACAGUAAAGCUGACUGAUUCCCAUUUUCUGUGUGUUUUUACCUCUGUACUUCCUUGUCGCCCUGCUGGCGAAGCAACAGGCCUCCCUGUGUCCAGGACCCCGACCCUCCCACUUAUGUACACCCAGGCUGGCAAACCUUGGAGCCUCUGGGCUCUGAAAACUAGACCAUGAUCAUUAAACCUGGCUUGAGUCUCCGUU